AUGAAGUUCACCGCUGUCAUCGCCUCCCUCUGCUUAGUCGCGGUUCCGUUCGUCGCCGCAGAGGAUCCUCUUACCUCCACUGCAACCACGACCGUCACCAAAACUCUGGUGCGUGUCGUGUCGGUGACCCAAUCUCCCACUUCCAGCGCCAGUUCCAGUGUGAGCAACCCAACCACCAUGUCUGUUUCGACGUCGACUCCUCUGUUUCGCGCGUCUGCCACUACGUCUACUGCCGCUGCCGCUGCCGCUGCCUCCACCGGCGCAGCGGCCAACAUUGGCGUUGGCAUGCCGGUUGCCUUGGCGGCCGCAGGCUAUAUUGUUGUGAUGGUGGGCCAAGCCCUGUAA